ACUGCAACAGAAGUUGUUUCUCUCUCUAGGGUUUCCCUCUCCCCCACCGUACUUUAAUCGGAUCGCUGCCGUUCCCGGCGUCACUCCGAUAACUCGCCGACAUGAAACUCACAGUGAAGACUUUGAAAGGGAGCCAUUUCGAAAUCAGGGUUCAGCCCUCCGACACUGUUAUGGCUGUCAAGAAAAAUAUCGAAGAUGUACAAGGCAAAGAUAAUUACCCAUGUGGACAGCAAUUGCUAAUUCAUAAUGGCAAGGUUUUGAAGGAUGAAACUACGUUAGUGGAGAACAAAGUCUCUGAAGAUGGAUUUCUCGUUGUCAUGCUAAGUAAAAGUAAAACAUUGGGUUCUGCUGGGGCUUCAUCUGUUCAGUCUGCUAGUAAUCCUUCUACAACUAUAUCAACAUCAAAUUCCACACCUGCUCCUCCACCUCCAAUACAAACUCAGGCUGCUAACAACAGUACAUCUGGCACUGAUGCCACAACUACAAAUGUGUCUGCAGAUACUUAUGGUCAGGCUGCUUCAAAUUUAGUUGCUGGUAGUAAUCUUGAACAGACUAUUCAACAAAUUAUGGACAUGGGUGGUGGUAACUGGGACAGAGAUACAGUUAGUCGUGCUCUUAGGGCAGCUUAUAACAAUCCAGAGCGUGCUAUCGAUUACUUGUAUUCUGGAAUCCCUGAAGCUGCAGAAGUUGCUGUGCCAGUUCCUCACUACCCAGGUAGUCAGACUACUGAAACAGCUGGGAUUUCUGCUGGAGCAGUUCCUGGAGCACCUAACUCAUCUCCAUUAAAUAUGUUUCCACAGGAGGCAAUUUCUGGUACUGGUGCUGGACUUGGAUCUCUAGAUUUCCUUAGAAACAAUCCCCAGUUUCAAGCAUUGCGUUCAAUGGUGCAAUCCAAUCCACAAAUUCUACAGCCUGUUCUUCAGGAACUUGGUAAGCAGAAUCCCGGUCUUCUAAGACUGAUUCAGGAACAUCAUGCGGAGUUUCUCCAGUUGAUAAAUGAACCUGUUGACGGUUCUGAAGGAGAUAUAUUUGACCAGCCAGAGCAAGACAUGCCUCAUGCCAUCAAUGUUACUCCAGCUGAGCGAGAGGCAAUCGGAAGGCUUGAGGCUAUGGGAUUUGAUAGAGCCUCAGUCAUAGAGGCAUUUUUGGCAUGUGACCGUGAUGAGCAAUUGGCAGCCAACUACUUAUUGGAGAAUGCUGGAGAUUUUGAGGAUUAAGUCACUAACCUACACUCUCGGGGAAGGAAAUAACUGCUGAUUUCCUGGCGAAGCUUGGAGUUAGAAGCUCAACCUCUCUAAAAAUGUACAACUCCCCUCCCCCAGGCUUGGGUCCUUGUUUGCUUGCAAAUGCCAUGGUGGUGAUUCUGCUGCGGCUUUAGUUGUUAUUUCUCGUUUUCUUUUCCUUUCUGAUGUAACCCCCCAAAAAAAUCACUAACCUGCAUACACUGUUUCAUAGUUUUGCUCGACCUCCUUUAUGUUUAAUUUUGUUUAAAUUAAAUGUGUCUUUCUUGGAAAUUUUAUUGGUAGGGUUUGGAUUCGGGUUUGAUUGGCUUAUGUCAUCGAACAAUAGACUAUUACAUUGAUUUUAGAAUCCGGUUUACGAGAUCAUUUGUAAGUUAUUUACUGGUACCAUUUUACGUGACACAAAUAUUAGAUUUCUGCGUAGCAACUGCUGCUGCUACU